AGCAUGCCCCUGUGCAGUGCAGCCGGAGAAGGAUGCUGCAGCUUGCUACUGCUGCUAACACUGCCUAUGCUGCCAUUUCCAGCUAGACUUCUCUUCCUCCCUAGCGGAUCCGUGAUCGAGCCGCCCUGCAGUGGAACGAGCCCAACACUGAGCCCUGCCUUGUACCCAGCUCCGAGAUAACGAACACCGCCUGCUGCUGCCAGCCGCUGAGAGGGGGUCCACCCUUGCCCGUGGAGGGGGGCAUGGACCCCCUGGCCAAACCCUGCCCGGUUCAGGGAGAGCUAAGCCCACAAAACCAGAUCUGUAAUCGGUUAGCGCCCUUCGAAGCUGCUGGAGGAGAGGGAGACGAGCGCCGCUGCAGUAGGAACGAGGCGAGGGGAGGCGAGCCCCAACUCGGCCCCAGGGACAUGGAAGAGUCGCUGGAAGAGAAGCUCAAGGGGCUGGCAUUCAGAAAGCAGACUUCGUACAGAAAAGCCAUUUCCCGUUCUGGCCUCCAGCACCUUGCCCCGAUCCAGUUGCCCUUCCCUUCGCUGACAAACGGGCCUGCCAAGGAACUUCGGACCACUGUAGACUGGAGUGAGAAUGCUUUAAACGGAGAUCACCUCUGGCUGGAGACAAAUUGCUCUGGAGAUCUGUGCUAUCUGGGAGAGGAGACUUGCGUUGUCAGGAUUGCAAAGUCAGCCCCCCGGAAGAAGUGCGCAGCAUGCAAGAUCGUGGUGCACACGGCCUGCAUGGAGCAACUGGAGAAGAUCAAUUUCCGAUGCAAACCAACUUUUCGAGAGGGAGGCUCAAGGUCUCUGAGGGAUCAGAAUAUUGUUCGGCACCACUGGGUUCAUCGACGUCGCCAGGAUGGGAAGUGCAAGCAGUGUGGGAAGAGUUUUCAGCAGAAAUUCUCCUUCCACAGUAAGGAGAUCGUUGCCAUCAGCUGCUCGUGGUGCAAGCAAGCGUUCCACAAUAAGGUGACCUGCUUCAUGCUGCACCAGAUCGAGGAGCCCUGCUCCCUGGGGGGUCAUGCUGGGGUCAUUGUGCCCCCCUCCUGGAUCAUCAAAGUGAAGAAGCCUCAGAAUUCUUUUAAAAACUCAAGCAGAAGAAAAAAAAGGACAUCUUUCAAACGAAGGACCAGCAAAAAGGGAACAGAUGAAGCCAAGUGGCGACCGUUCCUGAUCAAGCCCCUCCCGUCCCCGCUGAUGAAGCCAGUCCUUGUCUUUGUGAAUCCAAAGAGUGGGGGGAACCAGGGUACAAAGGUGUUCCAGAUGUUCAUGUGGUUCCUGAACCCCCGGCAAGUCUUUGAUCUUUCACAAGGCAGUCCGAGGGAGGCGCUGGAGCUCUACAGGAAAGUGCCAAACUUGCGAAUCUUGGCGUGUGGAGGCGAUGGAACGGUGGGGUGGAUUCUGUCUGCUCUUGAUGAAUUACAGUUGAACCCACCUCCGCCUGUGGCAGUGCUACCUCUUGGAACUGGGAAUGACCUGGCACGCACACUCAACUGGGGAGGGGGCUACACUGACGAGCCCGUCUCCAAGAUCCUGUGUCACGUGGAGGACGGGAACAUCGUGCAGCUGGACCGCUGGAACCUGGAGGUGACAAGGGCUCAAGAUGACCAGGAGGAGGGGUCUCAGAAGCUUCCUCUGAGUGUCUUUAAUAACUACUUUAGCCUGGGGUUCGAUGCCCAUGUUACGCUUGAAUUCCAUGAAUCCAGAGAAGCCAAUCCAGAGAAGUUCAACAGUCGUUUUCGGAACAAAAUGUUUUAUGCAGGGGCAGCUUUUUCCGACUUUUUGCAGCGGAGUUCCAGAGAUUUAGCAAAACACGUCAGAGUUGUGUGUGACGGCACCGACCUUACCCCCAAGAUCCAAGAGUUAAAAUUCCAGUGCAUCGUCUUUUUAAACAUUCCCAGGUACUGUGCCGGCACCAUGCCCUGGGGCAACACUGGUGAUCAUCGCGAUUUUGAGCCACAGCGCCAUGACGACGGCUGUAUAGAGGUCAUCGGGUUCACCAUGGCCUCUUUGGCAGCGCUCCAGGUCGGAGGUCACGGCGAGCGACUGCACCAGUGCAGGGAGGUGACCCUGACCACUUUCAAGACCGUCCCAGUGCAGGUAGACGGGGAGCCCUGCAGACUGGCCCCCUCCACUCUGCGCAUCUCUCUCAGGAACCAGGCAAACAUGGUGCAGAAGAGCAAGAGGCGCACCUCCGUACCCCUGCUCAACGAUAUUCAGAAAGUCUGCACGGCCGACCUGCGCCGUGUUUCUGCUCCCCCAGACUCCUUUACUGUCCCUCACUCUGUUCCAGACCGGUUGCGGGUUCGAGUGAACAGAAUAAGCUUGCAGGAUUACGAGGCACUUCAGUUUGACAAGGAGAGACUGCGAGAAGUCUCCAUUCCAGUUGGGAUCAUUGUUGUUCGUGGAGAUUGUGAUCUGGAGACCUGUCGGCUGUACAUUGACCGGCUGCAGGAGGAUAUUCACCCAGCUUUUUCCAGCACUCACAGAGUACAUUACCAGAAUGAGAACGAACCCCAGUCCAGACCAUGCUCACAGAGACUCUGUCCCAACUGGUGCUUUCUAGACUCUACUUCUGGUGAUCUUUUCUAUCGCAUUGACAGAGCUCAGGAGCAUCUCCACUUUGUGACAGAGAUUUCUCAAGACGAGAUCUUCAUCCUGGAACCCGAGUCUCUAGGACAGCAGCCGGGAGGCAACACUCCGGGAAUGCCAGACCUGGUGGUGGAGCCCUGCUCAGGGAUGUCUGAGUUGUGGAACGGCUCGGUCCGAAAGCGCAUUGUGAGUGACAGUGGUGUGCUGCACUCUGCUACAAGACGGGAGAAUCAGGAAAGGCAGUCCGAAGACUGGGACACACAGGGGCUACGGACCCCUGUAACUCCAGAAGAGCAAGCUCUACUACAGGCUGCUGUCUGCGGAGACUUGCAAAAGUUCUCGGAGAUCUGCCGGCGAGGCAUCAGCUUGAUGGUGAGGAGUUCAAACGGCUGCUCUGCUCUACACCUCGCAGCCCAGCACGGGCACAGGGAGAUUGUCACCUUGAUUCUGGAGCACUGCUCCAUGACGCUGCUAGACAUUGGAGACAGUGAAAUGGGGGAUACUGCGUUGCACAAAGCUGCCUACCAUCGCCAGCACAGUGUCUGCAGGCUGCUCAUCGAUGCAGGGGCCUCCUUGAUAAAGCCUGAUUUUCAGGGCAAGACACCCAAGGACAAGGCCCAGGCUGCUGGGGACUCAGAUUUGGCCUCCUACCUGGAGAGCAGGCAGCAGUACCGGAUAAUCACCCAUGAGGACCUGGAGACUGCGGUGUGAGUCACUGGAACCCGAUGCAGAGAGUUGAUGCUCUGCCUCUACACGCAGCUUUGAUACCCCCUCCACACACACACACACCAAUACUGCAGCCAGUAUUGGGGUGUGGAGGCUGAGAGGAACUGUGGAGAAUUUGUGAGACUUUACCAGGAGGCUGCUGUUUAUUUUUUAUUUAUUUUUUGAGAGGUGGCGGGGGGUGGGGCAGCUGGCUCAUAACUUUGUAUCCAGCGACAGAGAAUUGACUCACUAUAUCAUCCAGCUCCCUGGACCUACCUCUCUCUAUGACAUAUGAACAUGCUGCACAUUAUUUAACACUACAUCCUGGAGAAACAGUAUUGGAGAAUGUGGUGUAGAUUUUACAGAACUAUCUGUCCUGUGCAUUCAGGAUCCUAAAUUGUCAUUUAGCAGAGACAAUCCAAAAAAGCUCUAUUAUGAGGCUCUGUAUAUCAGGAGGUUUUACUGUCGAAAUGUUUUCAGGGGAGAUUCACUUUCUCCUUGUUGAUAGGUCUGGAAGCAACAUUCACAUUUGAGUAGAAGCUUUAGUGUAAUAUCCUAACGGUCAAGAAGCAUGAGGCAAUUUUCCUGUUGAAGCAACUAGUUGUAUUUUUUUUUUUAACUUUGAUAUUGUUGCUUGAAGUUUUUUGCAUAUGGGGAAAAUGGUUUGAAAAUGUCACACGUAGUUGCUUUCUGUUGCAUGCUCACGCCACCAUAUCAGCUAGCUGUUAAACCUUUUUAAACUGGCCGUCUCACUGCUGGGGGCAAGACACUGGUGUAAAAUGCACUCUAAAACUACAAAUCCCUGUCCCGCUAACAGCAGUCCUGCUUCCCACCACAUUACAACUUCCCAUUCUUCCUCACCCAGUUUAUUAUAACCUAACUCUCACUGAUUUCCAGUACUUUUGUCAGUUUGGUAUCUCCAGCAGCUCUUAAAAUGCCCACCCCCUCUAUCCCCACUCCCUCCAGCUCCCAGCCCUCUCAAAGCAUGGCAGCCUUCCUGAGUGGACCAUGCUUCUCCUGUAUGUGAGUCAGAGCACAAAGCAGGAACUUCUAAGCUCUGAAUUUGAAGCCAGGAGCAGACUGACAUUCCAGGAGCAUAGCCUUUUUUGGAGAAUGUAUUUAUUAUAUUUUAAAUGUCCUAAAAUACUUAUUUAAUGAUUUACUUGCUUACACUGGAUUGCCUACGUGAGAUACAUAAUCAGAUUUGCCAGUAUGGGAAUCGUGAGUCCAACUUUUCAGAAAAGGUUUUUGCUAUUGUAACCAGACAAGCAGUCGACUGGGAUUGAAGCAAGCUUCUCCUGGUUAGAAUGAAACAGCGGUGUGCCUAGCGCUACCUAGUGCAUACUCAGAGAAAUUGUGCUGUGCUGUGGCUGUCUGAGCUACUCCAGGUCUGCCAGAUAAUGAUGUGUGUGCAGAGCACCUCCCUGUUGGUGCAACAAGGAAAUAUAGUAAGACAAAAAAAACACCAAAUAUAUAUUGAAUUCUUCCACCAUGCCUUGAGAUGUGCAGAAACUAUGGAAAAUAAAUCUCACACAUUGGUGAAAAAGAUACAUUUCCAGCAAAGUUACAAAAUAUUUGUUUCUCAAAUGAUUCAAUUAGUGUUGUUAUUGUGUAUUUAUUUAUUUCUCUCAAAAAAAAAAUCUGAGCCAUAUUCAAUGCAAUAUAAAUGGAUGACAUUUGUGCAUUAUUUACAUUACAUUAAUGUUAUGAAACAUGGGUGGUUGUUAAUGACACUGCAGGGCUUUGUGGUGGAUGGUGUUAUUUUACAGUGACGUGGUUGGAAGUGUCUUGUUUUUGGUCAGUCACUAGGUGGGGGGCUUUUAUUGUUUACCCCUCACAGGACGGACACCUGUUUUGGGGGCCUCCUGGCUUGUGGCAAGUCUUGGAUUACACAUAUUAUUAAAUAACUGCUGCCACUUGUUUUUUCAGUACUGAAUACACUUUGAAGGAGGAAGGUGCAAUAUCAUAUCUUUUAAAAGACAGUGUCCCCUAGAAUCUGUUUUUAUUUUAUUAUAAUUAGGGCUGUCAGUUAAUCACAGUUAACUUAUGCGAUUAAGACAUUAAUUAUUUGGGAGAUUCAUUUUUUAACACACAUUAAGCGCACACCUGUCUUGUCCCUCUUGGCAUACCGUAAUUCCUGUCCUGCAGCAUAAUUUUAGUGCAUGCCAGGACUGAAUGAGUGUAGUCAUUGCCUGAAUAUAAUAUUAGUCAUGGAACUGCAUUAUGUAGCAAAGCACUCAAACUGAAGGAUUUGUUAAUGGGAGUUUUUAUUUAUUUAUUUUUUAUUUUACUUUGACAGUUCAUUGGAUAGAAAGAGGGUUACUUGUAUCUACUGUCAAACUGAGUUCCAGUAUCACAGAAGUGCAUCUAGUCUGCUGUACCACCUGCGUGCUAAACAUGCUUUCACUUCUCAAAAUACACUUUCUAGUAGUUUUUCUGCUACACACAACAACAAAUGAAACCUGUCGGUUUCGACAGAGUACUCAGGAUCAGAAAUUCAGGAUCGCUGCAAACCCAUGAAUCGACCUAAGUAUGAUACUAUAACGUGCUGUUGGAUAGCUGUCGACUUAUUAUUUACUUGUUUUAUUUCAAUAACCACAUUUAUUUUUAAACAAUAUUAAUUACAAUUAUAGUGGCAAUAACCGUUACUCAGUGAAUGUUUUGUUUAAUUUAGGCAAUUUCAAGUUAUUAAUAAAAUAUAAUUUUUUAUUAUUAUUAUUAUUAUUAUUAUUAUUAUUAUUAUUAUUAUUAUUAUUAUUAUUAUUAUUAUUUAAACGGAAAUGAAAAAACAUCCAUUAUGUGUAAAGGAAACUGUAAAGGAAAGUGAUAAUUGUAAAUUCAUUAAGGUGAGUAAUAAACUGACUUCAUUGUGAUUUAGCAGGUGAUUAAAACAUAAAUAUAAAACUAUAAGGGAAUCCAAAAAUAGGAAAACAGGGUUUUUAUGCUGGGUUGUUUUUGGAUAAUAAUAAUAAUAAUAAUAAUAAUAAUAAUAAUAAUAAUAAUAAUAAUAAUAAUAGCAUCCAUAAUAAAACAAACUUAAAUGAGAUUGAUGCAGUAAUUGUAUCAAUUAAAUAUGCGAUUAAAAUCAAGAUUAACGUAGAUUAAUUUUCUAAUAGCUUGACAACCCUAAUUAUAAUAUUUCAUACAGUUUGCAGUUGUCUGCUCUACAGUCAGUCAGCUGUAACAAAGCUUGAAGAUGUCAUUUAUAAUCUACUUCUAAGUAUACCUUUUUAAAAGUUUACCACAGUAAAAGGAUAACAAAGUAUAAUAAAGCAUUGUGAAAACAUGGGUAAGCAUUGUAAAGCACAGCGAGUUAUAGUAAAGCAUGCAAAAGACAUGGCAAAACAUAGUAAACUAUGGCUAGUGCAUAGUAUAACCAUGGGAAAAGCAUGAGAAAUUACCAUGCAAAUUUACUGUGGUAAACUUUUAUAUAGGAAAACAUGGCUGUACCUUUAUGACUUGCAGAGAUGUAGAGGUAUAUAGGGUUUAAGGAACAAAUUGGGGCUUGUGUCUACUGUACAUUUUAAACUACCUUUGGGAAUUGUAAACUUUCUGAUAAAGUACAGUACACAAACAGACACCAAAUAAUAAUAAUUCAGUGAAUAGAAUUGAACUGGAUUGUGAGACGUUACGACAGUUAACACAACAAAAUUCAAUUACAAUGUAAAGUCGUAUAAUAUACAGCAUUUAAUGUAUAAUAAAACAGACAUUGAGGGUGUCAAAUAGUUGCCACGCUUAGCAGACUCUCCAGCUUACAGAAGUAGUCUACCUCUUGCCACAUGCCAGCCACAAGUUUGCAGUCAUAUGUUUCCUGUGAGGACAUUUGCAUGAUUGGACUGUCUGAUUUGUAAAGCUUUUUUUUCUUCUUUUUUCUUUUUAAUGCAUGGACCUACCUUCAGGGCAGGAUGUCCGAAGGAUUACAUUUAUUCUUCUCUUGUGUUUCUAUUUUAUGUUUUAACUGAAUGUUUUUUGGGUUUUUUUUUUUUUUUUUGGUUUCUUUUUUUUAAACUAUGGAUUUACUUGAAUGUUUGAAUAUUUUCAGAGGUGCAAGUGUGUUGAUAUUUCCUGUCCCUGCCCAACUUUCCCCUCUCCUGCAUUUGGGAUAUCCCACUCUUCACAGUGGGGAAUUGUAUUCCUCUGCUAUAUGGAGAAUUUACUGCCGUUUGUGGGGACAGGUUGUUAAAUAGUGUAUGUGGAGUUUAUACCACUGGGUGGUGCUGUCUGAUGUGGAGAACCGCACUGGUGUAUCAUUAAAAAAAAGUGUACUUUGUGAUUCUUAUUGGACUUUAUUUUAAACGGUACAGCAGUACCCUACUGCAGACAGACGUUACACAGAUACAGUGGAAUUACAUGUACACAAUCGAGCAUCUGAUUGUCUUGGCUUUGCCUUUUUCAAGAAGUGUCUGCAUUCUAGCACUUCCAAUCAUAGAGUAAUGAAUCAGCAUUUGAUUUUAACAUUAUCGUCUAUCAGCAAAGUUUUUAUUAAAGACCAACCCUCUGCUGUAGAAUCAUACUUCAAAGACAAUUCCAGUCUGGGAAAGUUACCAUACAGUAGGCAAGGAUUGAAAGGAUCAGUGAGCCUGUUCCUCCUUACACACUGUUCCAUGUCAUUCCAUUGAAUUUCAACAGUUUUUUCCAGGAACUGGUCUAUAGCAACUUAUUUAAUCCACAGUAUAAACAUGUGUCUUGUAAUUGUCAACUCAGCCUGAAAUAGAAUCAAACCCCAGUUAAAAGACUACUAUGCCUUUGAUUAUGGCAUUGUCCAAUUUAGGCCUUAUUUUUACAGCUGUGUUGUUGUUCAGCUUGCACUCUGGUUUGAACUGAGACUCUAUGACAGUAUAAACUGGACAUGCAAACUGACCCUUUCGCUUCGAUGGAGGAAAUUACUUAAGGGUCCAGCUGUACAGUGACAUAGGGCUACACUCAGUGGGAUCCAAACAACAGGCAACAACUUCUGCUGUUUCCCGGUCGAUGGACGUCCUAUAUAGGGUACGUGAUGCGGUGAAGGUUUACCUGGCCCAAUUUCCACCGGUGGAGGCUUCUAUUGCCAUGCUGGUCCAGGCACCUAAUUUAACGCUCCUAUCCAAGGACGCUACCUGCCCCAACAAGCAGUGCCUGGUCUCUGAAGUGAUCCUCAAGCACGCCUAUUCAGCCAGUGCGUUUGCCACAAUGCUAGGCAGUUAUAAUAGCAUCCUGGUAGCCUACCAGUGCCAUUUGCUUAGGUCCCUUUCUGAGAACCACAGGCCCUCACCACAACAGUUGGAUGAGCUAUGCCUGGUUAACAGGAACCUGCUCUGUGUGUCUAAACUCAGCAGGCAGGCUGUGGGGAGGAACCUGGCUGCGCUGGUAGCUGCAUGUAGGCAGCUUUGGCUUUCCCAGGCAUGCGUGUCUGACGAGGACAAGGCACCUGCUUCACAAGCGACCAUCUCCAGUGUGUAAACCAGCGGCAAACUGGCACCCUAGGCACCAGCCGGCACAGAGACAAAAGCCGCAGGCCAAGACACAGGUUGAGCAGCAGCUCUAGGGAUUUGGUACACUUACCCAUAGGGUAAUGGUUACAUUUCGUACUUGAAAGGGAAUGUUAGGUUAUUAUCAUAACCCUGGUUCCCUGAAAUAGAAAUGUAACCAUUAACCUUCAAGGUCGCUGCGUCCAUGAUUGCAGCAGUCUUGAAGGGAAAAUGAUGUUGAGGUCUGUGACUGCAGUGCUUUUGUGCCCUCAGGGGCAGGCCAUGACUGCGUCACAGGCUCUACGAGCAGCUGUGUCACUGUAAAUAUGUCAUUUGGAGCUAUCUGAGUUCAGAUGACUGUCAUGUGAACUUUGCUGUUCAACUCAAUCCCAGUGACAGAUGGAAACAAGGCAAUAGAGACUGAAAUGUGUUUUAAAAAGUACUGUAUCCUGGUUUUGGAAAAGGCAUUUAAAUAAGCAUGUUUCUGAAUUGUAACAUUUUUUAUCUACGUUGUCAGAUUCACGGACACAACACUGCAAUAUAAAAACGAAGCAAUGGUACUGUUUAAACCGCAGUACUUUUUGAUCGGCAAAAACAAAGAUUUUUUAGAAACAAAGAUUUUGGAAUACAGUGGAGUUUAUUUUAUUUAAUUUUGCACAGCGCUAAAAGAGGUCACAUUAUUUCAAUCCUGUAUUAUUUUCAGUCGCACAGUGAUGCGUUGCUUCAAACAAAAGAGAAGAAAAGCCAUAGGUGGUUGCUGCACAUAUACUCACACAGUUAACAACACUUACACAAGCAGACACAUUUGCUUGUGUGUGUGUCGGUUUGCAUUAUUAGGACCUGCCUCAUAACCCCUUGUCAUUUUGUAUCUUUAAAUUAAUCCUAUAAAAAACGUACCCUAGGCAUUCAAGCUAGGUCAUUUUCCACAUCAGUUAGUGCCAAAUCCAAGAGAAAUGCCCACAGCAAAGGGUAUUACUGCACCUAUGACUCAUUAAGACUUUCAAGAUUCUAAGUCUUGUUAGCAUAAGUCUAAGUCUUGUUGAAUCUAGAAGAAUGACUGCUCUACUGAGAACCUGACAGGCAAGGUGGUCUGUGAGGCUUAUAAAAACGAUAUUCAUUUUUUAGUAUAAUUUUUCCCCAAAUAAAUACAGGCAUACUGUACACGCAUCUACUGAAGUUGUUUUGAAGCUGAUAAAGAAGCCGCCAUGCCAAAAGUGGAGCUCUAAUAUUAUCCUAAAGGGACAGUGUAAUUCUGGAGAAAUUAUUUAUAUUUGUAUUCUAACUUUACAGAGGCAUUAUACAGUAAACUUCAAUUACAAUUAAAAAAAAUAUAAAGUGGCUCUGUCAAAUAAAAUGUCACUAUUUUUCACAACUAUCCGUAUUUUUCUGUAUUGAAUUUUUAAAACUUUAAAAUACUGGUAGUAUAAAAAAAAAAAGGCCAU